GUGGCUACAAUAGAAUCACUCAUCGUUGUAAAUACAGCUGGUUUGUGUCGUUUGGUGUUGACUGAGAAUAAUCAACUCUUUGUAUGAAUAGGUCUUCACCUGCGUUCUAACUAAAACACAUUCUCAUAUUUUCGUUAUACAGAUCGGUUGGUCGAAAAGCGAUCGAUUUUCAAGAGGAGACUUAUGGCUGAGCUAGCAGUGGCACUUUUACCGUUUGCAGUCGAGAGGCUUUGGAACCUCCUUGUCCGAGAAACUGAGCGAUUUCAAGGAGCUGAAGAGCAGUUCAAGGGAUUAAAAAAUGAUGUGGAAACGUUAAGGUGCUUUUUGAAAGAUGCGGAGGCCAAGAAACAUUCAAGUGCAAUGGUGAGAAAAGUUAUCAAAGACAUCAAAGAAAUUGUUUUUGAUGCAGAAGAUAUCAUAGAAACCUUUCUUCUGAAGAAAGAACUCGGGGAAUCAAGCAGCAGCAGCUUCAAAAGAUUUGCAUACGUUACUGUAAAACGCAUGGGGCUUGGGUUUGUUAUGAAACCUAUAAGUAAGAGGAUCUCUAAGGUGAUCCUUGAUAUGCAGAAUCUUGGCGUACAGAAGGUCAUUGUCAAUGAAGAGUAUAUGCAGUCUCUACUGGUAAAAGAAAAAGAAAUGCGACAAACAUUUCCUACAAGUGACGAAGACCAUCUUGUUGGGUUAGAGAGAAGUGUUGAGAGAUUGGUUGGCUAUUUGGUGGAGGAGGAUAGCAGUCAAGUGGUUUCUAUAACUGGGAUGGGAGGUCUUGGUAAAACCACACUCGCAAGACAAGUUUAUAGUCAUGAGACAAUAAAAAGUCAUUUUCUAAGAAGAUUAGCGUGGGUUUGUGUUUCGCAACAGUUUGAAAGGAAGUGUGUCUGGCAGACAAUCUUGCGACAGCUCUGGCCAGAAUGCGAUGUGUCAAAGAUGAUGGAAGGCGAACUUCAGGAGAAGAUUGCUCGAGUGUUGGAAACACAAAAGGCUUUGAUCGUCAUUGAUGAUAUAUGGAGAGAAGGAGACUGGGAUCUAAUCAAGGAUGUGUUUCUGCCGAGAAAAGGCUGGAAGGUAUUACUUACUUCUCGCAAUGAGGAAGUGGGAUUACAUGCAGACAGACAAUGUGUCACCUUCAAACCAGAAUGCCUAACUUUCGAAGAAAGUUGGGAUCUUUUUCAAAGGAUAGCAUUUCCUAUUAAAGACACAGCUGAAUUUAAGAUUGAAGAAGACAUGAAACAAAUCGGUAUGGAGAUGAUUAGACAUUGUGGAGGUCUACCACUGGCUAUUAAGGUGUUAGGGGCGUUGUUAGGUAAUAAAUACACAUUGCACGAGUGGAAACGGAUACGUGAGAAUAUUAAAGCUCCGACCGUUAGAGCGAGUGGCUCUGACGACAGAAAUUUCAAUUUGAAGGUUUAUGGUGUUUUGUAUUUGAGUUUCGAAGAGCUGCCUGCCUAUUUGAAGCAGUGCUUCCUUUAUCUUGCUAGUUUUCCAGAAGAUUAUGAAAUAGAUGUGGAGAAACUGUCCUAUUACUGGGCUGCAGAAGGAAUACUAAUGCCAAUGGAUUUCGAUGGAGCCAGCAUCCGGGAGGUUGCAGAUGGAUACAUAGAAGAAUUGGUGAAGAGAAACAUGGUUAUUUCUAAAAGAGACAUUGAUACUUCAAGAUUUGAAACACUUCAGUUGCAUGACAUGAUGAGAGAAGUUUGUUUAAGCAAAGCUGCAGAAGAGAAUUUCAUACAAACCAUUGAUACAUCAAUGGCAAAUUCGAAAUCUCCUUGUAAAUCUCGCAGACUUGCUAUUAUUGUACGUUGGCCUGGUGAAACAUUUAGUGUUGAUAAGGAGGUGAAGAAUCCAAGCCUUAGAACUCUCUUGUUUAUUGGGUACAAAAGAUGGAAGGCAACAAGUUUAUUGUUUACAAGUCAUAAGCUGAUGAGAGUGUUAGAUCUCUCUUUGGUCGAGUUUGAAGGAGGGAAGGUACCCUCUAGCAUCGGGAAGCUCAUCCACUUGAGAUAUCUUAAUUUUGAGUGGUCAAAUGCAACUCAACUGCCUUCUUCUAUGCGGAAUCUGAAGAAGCUACUCUAUUUAAACCUAAAUAUAUAUCUAUUUAGAGUUUACAUGCCCAAUAUCUUGAAUGAGAUGCGAGAAUUGACAUUCUUGUGUUUGCCGGAGAGGUUACAUGGUAAGACAAAUUUGGAAUUGGGAAAUCUGGUCAAGCUGGAGACGUUGGAGAAUUUCACUACAAGAAAACAGAGAGAUUCUGAUGGCCAAAAUCGUCGGAAGUUCGUCGGAAAAGGCCUAUUCCGACGCAUUUCUGACGAAGGCGUUCGUCGGUAUAAUUUCGUCGGAAAAAAAGAAUUCGUCGGAAUUUCGUCAGACCUUCCGACGACUUUCUGACGAAUACCGAGAAAUGACAUUCUGACGAACUUCCGACAAUAUUCCGAUGCGGACACACGAGACUAGAGUUCAUCGGAAAAACUAUAUACCGACGGAGACGGAUCCUCUGAAGAUUCCGACGAACUAAGUUCUCGGUAAAUACCGACGGAGUCUGAUUCGUCGGUAAAUACCGACGGAUUAUGAUUCGUCGGAAAAUACCGACGAAUGGUGAGUCGUCGGAAUUUACCGACGAAUCGUAAUCCGUCGGUAUUUACCGACGAGUCAUACUCCGUCGGUAUUUACCGACGAAUCAGACUCCGUCGGUAUUUACCGAGAACUUAGUUGGUCGGAAAAUGUCAAUUUUAAUAAUACGAAUUAAUU